AUGUGCAUCAUUGAAGCUGUGACGAGUGAAGUUCCUUUUCCCUUGGUAGACCCUACUCGCGGCUAUGGGGCUACUCCAGAAAAGCCUGACGAGAUGAACGAGAAAGCGUGGGAAAUGGUGCUUGACAUAAUUGACGAGGAUCCUUUGAACCGACUUCAUUUCCACGAGGUGAUUGGCAAGCUGAAAGCUUUUGUUGCCAAAGCCACUUCUGAAGCUCUCAAUGCCGCAGGACAAACCUCCCCUUCUGUCUCCAAUGACACUACAGUUCCUGAUCUCAUUGCGGGUCCACGGGUGCAAGAUCAAGCCCUGUUGUUUCUCUUGCUUGCGUGCAUGUACCCUGGAAAACGCAAGACAAUAGUCGAGGCGAAUGGGGUUCCUGCUUUUAUUCAGCUGGUGAAGAAUGGUCUCAGCCAUUAUACGAAGCUAUGCUCCCUCCGAUGUCUGUACAAAUUAACGAAGUUGGCUUCCAGCUUAGAAGAUACGACGUUAAGCGAGCUCAAGGGCACUGUACGUGGUACUACGCUGGAAGAAUGCGGUUCACUUUCAAGAAGGUUGUCGGAUGAUGAGGACGAAGACAAACUGCCGGCUGUGGCUUUACUCUCCGCUGGUCGCACUCUUGCAAACGGGCAGGGUCGGACAAAAGGAGCAAUCGUGCUGGGCGUUGAGUCGCCUUCCAAGAACAGCAAGUCGGACGUUGUUAUUGCCGCCAUUCCAUCUCUCGUAAGCUCCGAGUCGCGUUCUCGCCGCCUUUAUUCAGACUGGGAACUGGGCAACGCUGCAUUUGACAGCGAUGCGAACAGAGAUGCAAUCGUCGAUGCGGAAGCCAUACCCGACCUGAUCAAGCUACUUCGAUCAGGAGCAAGCGAACUACAAGCCGGGUGCAUCAAGUUCAAAUCACAGGCGAAAUCGGACUUCCGCUGUUCGCUGCUCGUCUUCAGGAUGGAUCUGAAGAUGCGAAGACGCACUCCGCGCGAAUGUUGGCUUAUUCAACGGUUAGCCAAUGUUUUCGGGGCAUCAUCCUUAAGUGGCCAUGCCCCCUUUGGUUACGCUUCUUCAAGAUGA